CUUGACUGUCGUGACGAGAGGGGAGGGAGAAGUGAGAUUUUUCAGUUUUAAGAGAAAAAAAUGAGAACUGAGAUAGGUGUGAGUUUCAUAGUGUUUUAGAGAGAGAGAGAGAAAGAGAGAGAGAGAAUGGGGUAAAGAUGCGCAAGAUUUUCAGAGAGUUUUAGAGGGAGAAAAGAGGGAGAAAGUGAGAUUUGGAGGGGGCUUUAAAAUAAGCGCCUUUUGAAAUUUGUUCAAACGCUGUUUGUCUGAUAUGCCUUGAAGAAUCCUUUUUCUACCCUUUUUCACGGCUGGAUCCAAACCAAAAGGCACACAAUUAUACAUUACUGUAUAUACUGUCUUCUUUUCUCUUUGUUUUUAUGCUAUAACAAGCUUUAAAAGAGAAAAGAAGCAAAAAUGGCCGACUCAAAAGGAAAGGCAUUCACUUCAUAUUCUUUGCGAUGUCAGAUCUGAAGGUUUCAAGUUUUUCACGCUUUAAUCCAUGGCGUUUUGAUGCUUUGCGUCGCUGAAAGAGUUUGAGAGAAAAUAGACUGCGAAAGCUGCUUCUAAGGCCUAUUCUUCGGGCUUUUUCAUGGCGAAAAACUUCGAGGACAGGGUAUAAAGAAUUGUGCGAUGAAAUCAGGGUUUUGAGUUAUUUAUCCCUGCAAUUUUAGUCAAAUUGAACGAAAUCAGAGAUUUUAUUUGGAGCUUUUGGGCUUUGAUUAUUCGGUUUCAGUUUAUUGGAGACAUUACUGUAUUUUGAUAAAGAAGCGGGCUCUAACUUUGAGUUCUGUGAUCGCCUAUCUUUAAUGAGAGACCUUUGUCGAAGAUUUUAGGUGAAAGCUCUCUGUUUCAUUUAUUAUGCCGCCUUUGCACAGUGAAAACCUCAAAGUUUCUGGUUCUUAUUUAAGCUUUGAAGAACCUUAGCCUUUUCAGCCCUAAUUUCUCUGGUUUUCUCCUAAAUUAAUGGUUCCCUAACUUCCAUUAAAAGCCUCGGUGCUGCUCUUGUUCGGUUUCUAACUACCAGCUUGAAGCAGAGAGUUCGCUGAAAUUUCAUAGGGAAAUCGCCGAAAUUUAGCCGAAACUGACAAAAUUAAUGGUUCUAUUGAGAAUAAAUUGCCGACGAUAAAAAUCUGCAACGAAAAUGGCGUCUGAGAAGCUUGCAUCAAAAGGCCAGGCAUGGUUCUGUACAACUGGACUACCCAGCGAUAUUGUGAUCGAAGUAGAAGGCAUGUCCUUUCAUCUCCAUAAGUUCCCUUUGUUGUCAAGAAGCGGAAGGCUUCACAGGCUCAUAUCCCAGCAAGAAGCGAAUCCCAAACCCACCUCCUCAUCUCAUCCUCCCACCCAAACCAGAAAAGAAAACCCACAUCAAACACCAGAUCAAGAAUAUUUCUCUGAACUAGAAGAGGAAGAAGAAGAUGAAAAUGAAGAAGACGAAGAAGAGGAAGCUUGUGUGCUCUCCCUUCCUGAUUUACCAGGUGGUUCUGAAGCCUUUGAGCUCGCUGCUAAAUUUUGCUAUGGAGUCAAAAUUGAGCUCUCAGCUUCAAAUGUGGCCCCCCUUCGAUGCUCAGCUGAGUACCUUGAAAUGACAGAAGAGUUCUCUGAAUCCAAUCUCAUUGCAAAAACAGAGACAUUUUUGAACCAGAGAGUCCUCAAAAGACUCACGGACUCAGUAAAAGCCCUGAAAUCCUGUGAAACUCUCAUACCAGUUGCUGAAAACCUAAAUAUAGUUCAGAAAUGUAUAGACUCAAUUGCUAUGAAUGCUUCUUCUGAUCCAUCUCUCUUCGGUUGGCCUGUGACAGAGCAAAAUGGUGCCAUUUUACAGGGAAUUACAAGCCCUAGAGGAGCCAUUUUAUGGAAUGGGAUCGAAACAGGGCUAAGACCAAGAAACCCCAUCAAACCAGACUGGUGGUUCGAAGAGGUUACAGUGUUGAGUCUCCCCUUCUACAAACGCUUAAUUUCCGCCAUGAAAACCAGAGGCCUGAGCUCUGAAACGCUAGAGGGUUCAUUAAUUUGCUAUGCCAAAAAAUUCAUUCCUGGCCUUCAACGCCGUAAUCGUGCCUCUUACUCCCAGUCAUCUACUUCCUCGGGGUCCAUAGCCUCUGAAUUAGAGCAAAGGGAGCUCUUAGAAGAGGUGGUGAGCCACUUACCUACACAAAACGGCCCAAUUUAUACAAAUACGAAUGCUAAUAUGGACACCAAUACCAAAUUCUUGUUUGGGUUGCUUAGAACUGCAAAUAUAUUGAACACAUCAGAGUUUUGUAGAGCUACGAUCGAGAAAAGGAUUGGAAUGAAAUUGCACCAAGCUAGUUUAGAUGAUCUAUUACUUCCUAGUUAUUCUUAUUUGAUUGAGACUUUAUAUGAUAUCGAGUGUGUUGCGAGAAUAUUAGGGUAUUUUUUGGAGGGUCGUAGAAAUAUACGGUCCUCUACGGCUGGUGAAAGAGAAGAGGAAGAUGAAGAGGGAGAUGGAGAUGGAGAGGAAGAGGAAGAGUUUGAGGGUUCACCAGCUAGAAAUCCUUUGAUUUUGGUUGGUAAAUUGAUCGAUGGGUAUUUAGCUGAGGUUGCAUCGGAUGCGAAUUUGAGGCCUGAAAAGUUUUAUGAUUUGGCCAUUGCUCUUCCUGAUCAAGCAAGGGUGUUCGAUGAUGGGUUAUAUCGAGCGGUAGAUGUUUAUCUCAAGGCUCAUCCAUUGAUAUCAGAGGAAGAAAGAGAGAAGAUAUGCUCAGUAAUGGACUGUCAGAAGCUAACCCUAGAAGCUUGCACACAUGCUGCCCAAAACGAGCGCCUCCCAUUAAGGAUUGUAGUCCAGGUCCUCUUCUUUGAGCAACUUCAGCUCCGUCAUGUCAUCGCUGGAAACCUCCUCAGUUACGGCCAACCCGCCGGAAACCUAAUUUUUCCAAGCCAGCCUGCAGGAAACCUGGAAUUUCCUGCGCCGGAUUCCGGUCAAGCAUGGCGAGCCGCUCUGCGUGAGAACCAAGUUUUGCGGCUUGAUAUGGACAGCAUGAGUGCUCGUGUCAAAGAGCUAGAGAGAGAGUGCUCGACUAUGAGGAAGGCUAUUGAGAUGAUCGGUAAGUUUGCCGGCGAGAAGAAGGGAAAUUCCGGCCCAAAACUCAGCGCGAAAGUAGACGGGAAAAACGGGGCUUGGGGGUCACUUACGAAAAAGUUUGGGUGCAAGUUUAAAACGCAGGUUUGUGAUUCGCACGAGGGGACAGUGAUAGAGGCCAAGGGGCGACACGCUCGAACCUCGACUUCAACCUCGCUUUCUUAGCGCGUGUGGUUUCUUUUUUUAAGUUUCUUUAAUUAUAUUUUAUCGAGUAGGUUUCAAAUUUUUUUUUGGAAUGAGAUGCAAGUGUCAUCAUUUGGAAGAUUAGUAGCAUUAAUUUCUGCAUUAUGUUGGUUUCAAUC